ACCUGAACAUAUUACUAUAAAUCUCAUUGUGAAGACGAGGAGAGCUGAUCCUACAUACAUACAAUGGGACUUUACUUAAUGGCCAUGUCUCAGAUACUCUGCAUUUUCCUCUUUAUGGGAACAAUUACACAAGGUAACAUUAUUUAAUUGCUGAAUACUGAUUACAAAAUAUUACUUUAAAAAUUAUAUGUAACUCACUUGUAAAUGUGUGUGUUGCUUAUAUAAGUAUUGAAAUAGAAUAUACUUAUACCAGGUUAGUUGAAUGUUAUAUAAGAGAACCCAUGAGAUAGAUAGAUAUUUUAAUAAGUGUUAUUUGUUAUCUGUAGUCCUUUGGAAAUAUAUUUUUGUGUGCGUGCGUGCGUGCGUGCGUGCGUGCGUGCGUGCGUGCGUGCAUGCGAGUGUGUGUAUAUGAGCAUCUAACAAAAAAAUUCUAAUUUUGCAAAAAAGGUAUCUGUGUAAAGAAUGGAAAUAUGAUUAAUUAUAUGAUGCAGCUAUAGGAAUUAUCGCAGGCAUUUUCUCAUGAACAAGUAGUGCAAUGUUCAUAUACUUUUUAUAUAUUUUAUAUGCUUCUUUGUACAGAACAAAAUAUAAAAGUUAAAAAAACUUAUUUAUAAAGUGAUUUACCAGGAAGAACACACUGAGAUUUAAUAUUUAAGACUCAGUAAGUAAAUAUAUACAAUUGAGCUAAUUAAAUGCAAAAUACAAACUCUAAGAUGUUUUUGUGAAGAUUUUAUUCCAAUUAAACCUUUUAUUUAAAUAAGUAUUUCCAAAUAAUACUCAUGUCCCUAACGGUCCUAUGGUGACCAAGCCUUUGGUUAAAAAUGCCUGCGUAUUAGAUAGAUGGAACAAAGACAUGGGUGUAGUAAGCAGAGGUGAUGGGGGAUUAAUGCUCCCCCCCCCCCAAAUAAUCCAGUGGCACUGAUGAGAGGAGUAAGGUUUCCCCCAGUAAUUAUAAUGUAGCUUUUAAAAAUCAUAUAUUUUACUUUUUAGCAUAUUUUAAAGGUGCUUCUCCACAUUGUUUUCUAAAACAAAUAGAUUUCAACAUGACAGUGGACAAAUCAGUAGAUAAAUACAUUUAUUGAAUAAUUAAAUGUUGGUUUUUUUGGAAGUAAAAUAUUUAUAAACAUAUUAAAAAGGUGAGGUCAGGUAGCUCUAACGGGUCCAUAACCCAUUUUAUUAAUAACCUCACCAGUGAUAGUCUAUGAUAGUCUUUACACAGAGAAAAUCUAGAAAAUGAUUUGGUUUGGUUCCGAAAUUAAUGAGUAAAGAGAGUCCAUACCAUGCAAAUAGUAGAGUAUUUUAUGGAGGGGAGAAAAGGAUACUGGCAGUACAGAAUAUAGAAAUGGGUGAUUUAUAUCCCCAGACCAGUUGAUUUUAAUCAGAAGCUUAUUUAGUAGAAAUGGCUUAAAUUGGGCAAGUCCGAUUUUUUUUUUUUUUAUUUUUUUUAAAUACAUUUUAAAAGAUGACAUGUAACAGUUCCAUGGGGAAUUUAGCUUAAACCCUUUACUACCAAGUGGUCUGGGGUGGGGGGAAAACACCCCCACAAUCUGAGUGUUUUGAGUGUCCUGGAAAGUAACAUUUAGUUUACUUGUAUUUACAUUUACUUCUAUUUUUUGUUUCAGUAGAAAAGAAAUAAGAUUUUUGUGGGGGCGAGUGUGGCAGGGUGAGAGUAUGGUCGGUGACUAUGAUUGACAGAGUGCGUUGGAGAGUACAUUGUGUGCGUUGGAGAGUACAUUGUGUGCGUUGGAGAGUACAUUGCGUGCGAGGAAGCUGUAUUUUUAUUUCCAGCUUCCCCACACAUUUCAGCAUGUUUUCUUUAUAUUUGUUAUUAUUAUUAUUGGUAUUUAUAUAGCGCUAACUUAUUCCGCAGCAUUUUGCAAUAUUAUGAAAGGGGGAAAUUUAACAAUAAAUGAGACCUUUACAAAAUGAUACACACAAUAAGUAGAUUUGGACCCUGCUCAAAUCAAACAGGCUUACAGUCAUAUCAUUUUAUAUAUAUAUAUAUAUAUAUAUAUAUAUAUUUAGUUGAGCCUCUACAAAUCAAACUCUCUGAAUGCCCCUUUCUGAUCUUGGACAAGGAGGGCGAAUCUAAGGGAACUGCUCCUAGCCGGAGUUGUAGCCUGCAUAGAGAGCAGCGCAGGGCCCUGUUAGGAGAUCUGUAGAUCCCCCUACUAACUCACGCAGCUGUAGGGGGGGGGAUGGAUCAGCAAAACUGGUGCUAAAAUAAUGGCUCCGCUCCUCCUCGCAGAUGUUGCAAUAAACAGAUUUCAUUUAAAAUAGUUUAGCUCAUGUAUUUUAAUAUUUUAGAAUUCCUUGUUAAAAACAUACAUUUUGCUUAAAGAAACAAACGAACCAGAAACCCCAACAAAAAAGCAGUUUUGGCUAGCAGUAAUCUAUCUAUGAUACCAUCUUAAAGUGGUGACACUAUGGUGACUUCGCCUCUUGGUGUGCAGUGGAGGUAAGAUAAGCAUACUUGAUGUUGUCCUCUGUGUGUGCCACCAUCUUUUUUCUUCAGCGAUUGGUGUUUCGUCUGUCUGGUGUUUUCAUCUAUCAGCCAAUGGAUGUGUACUAUUACAAUCUUCUAAUGAACUAUAUAGUAAUAAUAUAAAGAAAUUUAGUUUGAGUGAUGCAACCAUCUUGUGUUAUUAUGUGCUAGGUUUGUUAGAAACAACAUACACCCUGGGGAUAAAAAAGGGGAAAAGAAAGAGAAAAGGUUUAAUUGUUUCCGUCUGAGUCCAGAUUGUUAUAAGAAAGACAUUAUCAAAAUACUGAAAUAUUUGGAGUCAAAUAAGAUUCAGCUCAGCUACAUUGAGCUAUGUUUUUGAGUCUGAUCUGAAAUGCCAACUCUUACAUAAUUCAGACCUCUUCCACUUCCUACCCUACGUCUUUCAAAACUAGAGGAUGGCUGGUUUCCCAUUACGUAGGAAUUAACCCCUACAUAACCAUUUGCUUUAAUACAGAAAUAGGUCGUCUACAAGAUAUUAAAAUUAGGGCACUAGGAAAGGGAAACUACCUGCUUCUAGCAAUAGCACCAAUGGGUUUCAUUGACCAAAUGGAAGUCCCUGCUGAUGAAUAGGUCACUAGGGGACCCGACAGCCAAGAACAUACUGCACAUGUAGUGGUUUCCAAAGGUCAGAAACCAGUCAGGUAAAGGGACGAUGUAGUUAUAGUCUUAAUUAUUUACACAAUUUCUUUCCAGUUUUCGAGUCUCCCUUGGCUCUGCUGCACGUGAUGUCAUCAUGGUUAUACCAUUAUAAUGCAAUGAUAGUCCUGAUUUGUUAGGGGAUAGACAGCCCCAAAAAUACAAAGCUCUCUGUUUAGAAAAGCCUUAGUUGUGAUUGAGCCUAUUAAGCUUGAUAUUCAUGUUGGAGACCUGGUUUUCACUCAAUAACAUUUUCUGACUUUGGGGGUUUCACUAGUAAAACUGUGCAUGGCAUUUGAUUUUGAAAGCUGAAUAGGAGCAAGGGUUCCACAAGUCAGUUGAACAUUUUAAACAUAACUCUCACCUGCUGAUAUAUUAUCUUGUAUCAUAACGAUCAAGAUUGGCUCUCAUGAUGCAAGUGUCUUAUCAGCUUGAUUUUAGAUUUUAUAGAACCUUCAAGUUUUUAGGGGAAAGAGUGAAAUGUGACAGCUUCGUAGUGUGAUAACUAGAACUACUAUCUGAUAACGACACUUAGCAAUCUCCCCUGUUUGUGGAAAGCAGAUAAAGAGCAGUUACAUGAGAUUAGAAAUUAAAAUACAUGGGCUUAAAGGGGCAGUGUAACGUAUCAGAAGAAAAUUGAUUUUGAGUAGUUAAAAAAUGCUGAUUUUUUUUUUUUGGAAAAAGUAUUUUUCUUCCUAAAUUGUGUAAUAAGACUUUGUGUCUUUGGAAUUUUUUUUAAUAGGCUAAGGUUCAGGCACCAAGUAUACAAUGCAGGAUUUUUUGAGGGGGAUGAGUUGUUCACUAAAUGUACAAUCACAUCAUGUAUAAUCAUAGGGAAAUAAUAAAGAAAUUACCAUUAGCUUUUCCUUAUAUUUGGUGUGUAAUGGAAAUAUAGACUGGUAGAGGAUGUUUUCAAAAAUAUAGUUCAAUAUCAUUCAUCAAUAACAAACAAUCUGCAUUCUUGUAUAUUACAUUCGAGUAAUAGCAAGCUAAUGUUGACUAUUAGAUUAGAUUAUUCAUUUCAAUGUAUCUUUAUACUUAUUCUGAUGGAUAAUCCAGUUGAGUAAAUUUAAUUUUGCCUUAUCAUAGUCACUAACAGAGAGACCCACAAAUUGAAGCUAUUUUCUCUAUUUGGCAAGUUAUCUAAUGGAUAAUAAUUACUGCCACAAUGAAAGGCUAUGAAUUGGAGAUUUCACAAUGAGCCCACAAAAAGUCCAACAAAAUCUUCUCAACUUUAAUGUUAACCCCUUAAGGACACAUGACAUGUCUGACAUGUCAGGAUUCCCUUUUAUUCCAGGGGUUAAGGAUCAAACUUCUGGAAUAAAAGGGAAUCAUGACAUGUCACACAUGUCAUGUGUCCUUAAGGGGUUAAAACUACCACCAAGUUACCUUUAUUGAAUGCAUAAUUAAGUGUUGUAAAAUCUAUGUAGUUGCUAUACUGGUGUUAGUCUUUUUGUUAGUGUUGCAUUACAUAGAACAGCAUGUACAGAUGGACACAUGUGGCAGAACCAACCUCGCCACUGGGCAUUGGAGAAGCCUGUUUGCCUGCCUUCUGACUAUGGCCCCUGGGAGACUUUGCCCUGUGUAAGCAUUAUUUGGGCUUGUUGGAUUUUGAAACACUUUUUCUGACCAUUGAAGACAUGAGGAGUGCCCCUCCCUCGUUUCCUGUCUAUUGUUCUCCAGCAGGGCAUUGUCCCUUGGACACUACCAGACCAGUUGGAACUUGUUGCUAAACUUUAACUCCAUGAUGAUUUUACUGUGUUUGUGGGAUCUGAGCGCUGUUCAGAUAUAGUGAGCGCUCAGAUCCAAGCUAUCUGGGGAUAGGUUGAAUGUGGGGGUUCUGUUCAGUAUGAUAGGAAUGAUGUAUUUUUGUGUGUUUUUGCUGUUGUUGUAAAUGGAGAUAUUUUCUGUAUGCUGGAGAUAGUUGGCUUACCACACCCAAGACAUACUUGCAGUCUUUCAAAUAGGUCUUCCAUCUAUCUUUUGAACCACUGGACCAAUUUGUAUGAUUCUGGCACAUGUUUGUAUUUGGAGUAUGCUGAAAAUGUAAGUUUUAUGUGAAUGUGAUGUAUACUUUUAAAGUUAUGAAUAUUGUGCAAAACUGUGUAUUUUUCUGCCUGUGAUAUUUACUUUAGCCUAUUGUGUUCAGUAAUUGUAUCACAGGCAGAGGGGAGGAUUUCUGCUGGUACGAAUGGGAGUGUUUAGCUGUGUUGUAAUGUAUUGAUUGGUGUGUUCUUCAAAACCCUGUGGGCGGUACUAUGUUUGUAAAAUGGGCAUAAAAGCAGAGUGUUUGAUUAAAAACUUCAGUUCUACGUCACCCUCAAUUUGGAGUGCCGUCUCUUAUUGGGGGAAUCUGCUAAAAGGGAUUGCUAUGCUAGGCUUACUCCCUUGCUAUAGUCUCUCCUAAGCUCUUUUAAGAGCUUGUUCCUGUUUUGCUCUCUGAAGGAGUCUACGGUGGUUAUGGUGUCUGCUGGAGUGCUGGAAACCCUCAGGAAGCGCUAGGAGCAUCCUUCAACGGAGGUACCCAGUUGAGGUACCAGGUGAUCCGUUACACACUAUAUAGGCAGAUUCUGGGGGUGUUUUUUCUGCAAACCGCUCGGUAGUGAAGGUGUUAAACCAAAGGCUCCCUCUCUAGGUGAAAGCGACAAACAUGAGAGGUAGUCUCCUUCUUAUUUUUUUUUCUAAAUAUUUUUGUAUUCGAUUUUCAUCAGAAGAAAAGGUACAGCAUUGGGACUUGCAGGUCCCUCAAGAUUUAACAUAUAGUCUAAGCAGGAGUAUAGUGAUUGUUAUUUGGAGACUCGCAGGACUCAGUAUGCUGUUGAAUAAAACAUAAAGGGACUUGCAGGUCCCACGAAACAUAAAUUUUGUUUAAAUACAGGUAGCAGGUAACACACAGUUACUGCCCUAAAGGCCCCCACAAAGUCAGAUGAAGUUGGAUCUCGCCAUUUUGUGGAAAAUUUUGACACCUGCAGGUCACUGGUACAUAUCCUGGAUUUUGCAUACCUAAGGGUGACUAGAUACAAAGUCAAGAUUUGAUUAGUUGGGACUAUGUUCUUUGUGUGGCAGACUUACUAUGUAUGUUUAAUGUAAGAAACAGUUUGACAAGGCAAGAUAACAUUGAAACCAUUAUUCUCAUUAUGCACACACAGAGCAACAAUAAUAAUGUAGGUAGACUGAAAUGGUCUGUAUGUCAGACGCUUCUCUUACCACUCACGUACAUGUAUUCAAUUGUUUAAUGAAUAUUUUAUACUUUUAAUCACUCACUGGUGUAUGCUUAUAUUGCUGAGUAGGAGAACUGGUAAUAUUAUAGUCACUGAUCCCAAUAUCAGGGAAGCCUAUUUACAUGGCUUUAUAGGCAAUAUGGACCUUCUUUCUAAGAAACCAUGAAAGAUAUUCUUCCAGCCCUGGAGAAUACAUACAUGUAGCAGCAUUCUAUGUCUUGUUCUAUACCCUCCCAAAGUAGUCAAAUCCAAAGAACAAUUAAAUGAUGCUGCACAUUUGGUGUACUUUCAUUGUCCACAAGAUGCCUCAUCAGCCCAUGAAGUCAAACCAUGUUGGGGGUAGAUCUCCCUUUGGCAGUGCCACAAUGUUUGGAUUAGGUACAACCCAGUAUCCAACCUAGGUCAGAGCAACUAACAAAGUGCAUAAAAAAAACCAGUAAGUCAGAUGGAGAUACCAGACCUUGGAGUGGCCAUUCAAGAGGUGAAACACAGAAUGCAAAAAAUGGACAAAAAUUGUAGAAAGUCUAUGAUUACAGAGAAACUUAUAUAUAAGGGUAAUGCCAGCCAAAAAUCCAUAUUAUCUAUAUUGGAAUAGUUUAACAUAGACAGGGCAAGGAUAGUCACUCAAAGCCAAAUGAACUAAAACCAGAGACAGAAUGAAGAAUGAAGGGUCUCAAUAACCACAAAUGGGGUGUAGGGAUAAUUGUGGAACAAACUAUUUUUUACUUUGAAUUUGAAAUUCUCUUUAAAUUCGCACUGUAAGUAAUAACGUUGAUAUAGAACGUACUGUGGCUGGAGUUAGGUGUCAAUUUAGCCCUGCCAGAAAACACAAAUGUACAUGUUUGCCAGCAUUUCACUUGGCCAAAUUGGUGUGGUAUGGACUCACUAUAACAGAGAUACAUACUACAGAGAUGCGCAUAGCAUUCACUGUUGACUGUAAGGAAAAAUGUCUGAGAAUGUGCCAAAUAAGCAGCAUGGGACUUGGAAAUGGAUAUAUAAUGCAAUACAGUGGAACCUCGGAACUCGAACUUAAUCCAUUCCAGAAGGCUGUUCGAGUUCCGAUUUGUUUGAGAACCGAAUCAACAUUUACAUUAGAAUUUAUGUAUAUUUGAUUAAUCUGUUGCAGACCCCCAAAAUUACAGCAUUUUAACACAAAUUAUAUAGAAUAAUAAUGCCUUACAUGAAUAAAACAUAUAGGAAAAUAAUAAUAAACACAAUGUACAGUAAAUGAAUUGAAAAUGUAACUUUACUUUACCUGUAAUGAUGAAAGAUUUUGGCGUAAGUGAAAAGGAGAAGAGAUAUUAUUGUUUGAAUGGGGAUAGGCAAGUGUUCUUCUGGCAUUUAAAAUGGGUCUAAAGUGUGUCUAAUUGAACAUGUUUGUAGCAUGAUUUGUUCCGGUACCAAAGAUCGUUUGCGUACCGAGACAUUUUUUUACUCCAAAUUUUUGUUUGAUUUCUGAAUUGUUCGAUAACAGGACCGUUCGAGUUCCGAGUUUCCACUGUACUGAUUAUCAUGUGUGUGUGUGUAUAUACAACAUUUUUUGUAUUCUUUAGACUUUUCAUGGGGAACACUUGUAUGUAUACAGUAUAAGUUUGUUUGUAUUCCUGUUAUAACCAAGGACAUUAGCAGUGAUAAAGGGCUCUCUGCCCGAAAAGUCUGCAUUUUGUAUUUUGUCCUUCCAAUAAAUAUGGUAGCACCCUUAUUUCUUGAAAUAGAAUAUAUAUUUAUUUUAAAGCUAUAUAAAAUUAAAUAUUGCAAUUUGCAAGAUUAGGGGGGGAUGAAUAUAUUGCUAAAUGUGUGAUGAUAUUUGCAUAAACCCUCACACACUUCCUUAAGUAAUUGUUAUCAUUUUACAGGUUUACCUGUGCAGAAUGAAGGAGUCAGAUGUGGAACAGGUGAAAGUUCAGUAAACUGUGUUGAAGAAGGGCCCUCUAACGACAUAUCUUCAGAAAAUGUCAACAAUAUUUUCUCAUCAAGGUAAAAACCAUAAGUCAUAUAUAUGAAUAUAUUAUGUAGGACCUGUAUUUUCAGGCCUCCAACUGUACCCACAAACAUGCCUCUAUAUAUACCUCACCAUUUCAUUUCGGGAUAUUGGACUAAAUGCAUAACUAGGACCACACCAUUCCAUUUACAGACCAGUUGUUCUUAAUGAGAGGAGCCAUACCAAUCCAUUUUGGUCUAGUCUGGAUAUAAUGUGUGAGUAGGACUAUACCACAAAAUUCAGAGUCUGGUAUGAAAUUACGACAUUAACAGGACCAUAUUAUUCCAUUUAGGAUCUAGAAGAACUUAAUAUAUGACACGGACUAUACCAUUCUUUUGCCAGCUUCUUGUAGGAGGCUUAAUAGCCACAUAUAGUCAUGAGAACCACUACGGCUUAAUAUAGUGGUUCUGGGGCAUUUGCCUAUUCCGUGGGGGGACUGCAGUGUAAAUGUUGCCUUUUCUGCAGCCUACUCCAACACUAAUGGCUAGCACUUGAACAGCCACUUGAGGGACUUCCUAGAUGAUUUCCUUCAUUUUUUGAAGGACUUUUUGCAGGACUUAUGUUCAACUUCUCCCAUCUCUGCAUGGAGAUGCUGAACACUCCCCACAGGAAUGAAUAGCGAAGCAUUCCAUUGGGUUGGCAAUAGGGAAGCGUUGGAUUGACUGAGAUCAUUGAGAUUGAUGAUUUCAACCAAGGAGUCAGAACUGGCAGAUUGGAGACCAGGGCACUGCAGAAUAUAUGAUGAAUAAAAUCCUUUUCUUAACCCUUUCUGGCAGCUCUAUAAUCUAACUGGUGAGGAGGACACUUUAGUAUUUGGAAUACAUUUUUUUAAAGGUAUAGUGUUUUGUUUUUUGUUUUUUAAUUCUUUAUUUUUGUAGUGCAUAAGCUUUGAACAGAUGCAUGUGAGGUACCCCAAAGGCAAUCUUCCAGCAGUUAACAAACAGUUGAACACAGAGGUACAUGGUAGAUCAAGCACAUUUUUAUAUAUGAAUAGGAUGGGUGCUAAACAACAUAGGUUUUUGUCGCUUAAGGGGGCGUGUAUUCUCAUAACACAACGCAACAGCGCUUUACCAUCCAGCUGUGAUAUUAUUAUGCUGUGUCAAGAGACAGUGUGUGCCUGCAAGCUAGGUUUAGAGUUAUGGGUGAGUUUACGACAGUUUCAGGUACAUGUCAAUAAAUUAUGUGCUGCAGGGUUGAGACGUGUAGUGCUAUGUGCUCGCUGAUUCCAUGCUACUGUCAGGUAAGUGCCUAUAUCCUAUUAUACAUUGCAGCUUUAUAGUUUUUACCUAGUUUACCAUCUGCCUCACUAUGCUUAUCGGAUCAUGCUUACAUAGUUUGAGUUGCAAAUGUAUUAUAAGUCUGCGUUGUUAAGACCUGGUUGGUCUCUGGUCACCUUGAGCUACCAGCGUUAGCGGGUUGGUCAGUAAUUGCGUAUUUAUGCGUUGCAUGGCUGGAGCUCUGAGAAUAUGCGACCGGCCAUCUUGGCUGUCAGGCCCCGCCCCCUAUAGUGUUUUUUUAAUGCAUGAUAUGGGCCAUACCAUUCCAUUUAGUGUCAAGUAUGGACCUAAUGCACAGCUUGGACCAUAACAUCCCAUUUUAAAGAUCUUGUAUAGGGCUUAAAGGCUGAUUGUCUAUUAAAGAAAUAGAAUCUGUGUGUUUGUUUUUGUUUAGAUCAUCUAUUUUGUUUACCAAAGUAUAUUGAAACGUUUGAUAAAAUUUCUUCCCUACCACUUUCAAACUCCAUCUUGCUGAUCCAUGUGCCGUCUUAAUCAGCUAUCUUGAUUGAAUUCUGCCCAUCUCUAGAUCCUGCGCAGGGCAGUGAUGUAAUCAGUCAUAGCCCUGUGUUCUCAGCAGGCUAGAUUGCCAGAACCAAUUAAAUUUGUCUUUAUAUGUUUUAGAACUUACUCAAUCACAUCAUAUAUGGGCUGUUACCUAGUCGUCUUCUUUGGCCUUACUUUUUUCUAAAAAUCUUCAAAAUUGAUUAAUAAUAAUUUGAUGCCGUUUUCUCAUUACACAAUGAAUUGUGUUCAAUUGAAAAUGGAAAAUUUGCACCUUAGCUGCCUAUUUGGAAAAAUAAAUAAAUCUCCAACUCAUCUAUAUAUUUACAUAUAUUUUAGCCUGAAUUAUGCCCUUCUGUUUUCAUCUCACCAUUAUUCAAUAUUUAAAGAAUAAACAUUAAUGUGCUUUACGAAAUGAAGAGUGGAGGGAGUGUAGUCAAACUUACUUACUGGGAGAAGCACAAUGUAAUUUACCUAUGAUUUGCUUCUAAUUGGGUAUUCCAUGACUUUGCACAAUUUAGCACAUAGUAAUGCUCCACAAAUUCAUAUGUGUGCGUUUAAUGCUAGAGUGUCCCUAGUGCUGUUUAGGUUAAUUACUGCCUCCACCCCCGCCGGACCUCAAAAUAAAAAUAGUUAAAUCUUUCAUUCAGCAGCAUCUUACUUGGAAACCAGAGUAAUCCAGAUUUCCUGGUUAAAUACUUUGUUAUUAUUAUCUUGGUCUCCUCCUUUUUGUGAGGACAUCUAGAUGGAUGAUCUCCAGAAAUCAAAGGCUUCUCCAUAGAGAAUCAUAGAGGGUUCUACUGUGGAAUAAAUGGGGAGCUUUAACUACUUUUAGCAUCACUGAAAGCAAAGACUGUAAAUAUUGGAAAUAUAUAUUAGGGAGCACUCUCUACACUAAACUAAUAUAUAUAUAUAUUUCUUGGAUUUUUGUUCAACUAUUUUUUUUUUUAUAUGGAAUGUUUUUGGACUAUAUCCACCAAAUAAUGUUGGCUAAACACAAAGAUAAAUACGUUCUAUUUUUAUGAGUUGUGAAUGAAUGUAUACUGCAUGUUUCAUGGACGUAAAGUUUUAACAGCUAAUAUUCCUUGAUUGGUAAAUGUUUAGAAUGAGAAGAUCCGUGUCAAUCUCAGAGAUGGAUACAUAUUCUGUUGAAGAAUCUGGGUCAGGGACUGAUACAUCAUCAGGUGUGGAGUCUUCUUCUGAGGAAAAGUCUGGUUCUGGAUACGAUCGUUCUGGUGAAGAUAAUGGUUCUGGAUACGACUCAUCAAUGCCUGAAGAAUAUGUUACCGAAAAUGAAUUUGUUUCAGAAGACUCUGUAUAUAAGAUUAGGGAUCAAGAUGAAAACUUCAACGCUGAAGUGGAAGAGGAAGACUUCAUUCUCUAAAGGCAUCAAUCUUUUAUAAAUUAACUUCUGAAAUAAUUGUCUUUGUAUGUAUCGCUGUAGCAUCUGCUUUUAUAUUCCUAGCUGGAGAAUGAAAACGUAAGGUGCUCAAGAGAAUUUAGCUUAUUUUAUUUGUGAAGCAAUAUGUCAUUUUGUGCUUUAUUUAUCAUUUUGUCUUUUUUUUUAAAUCUAGCAAUGCAUUAUAGCUUGAGCCAAACAAAGCAAAAUAUUUCAUUGAAUUUCAAAAUGUAUAAUUUGAUGUGAAAAUACACCAGCAAAAUUACAUUCAAAAUAUUGGAAAGCUAAUGCUUUAAUAAAAAAUAAAAUGUAAAAAAAAGUAAAUUUAUAUAUAUGUGUCUGCUAUAAGUGGUUACAAAUGUUGCAUGCUUGGGUGAGAGGUGGGUUGACUCUUAUUUGAUCUAAUAAUUCUUAUUUGGAUCCACAGGAUAGACCAUGCGACAUUAUGUAGGCCUCAAGGUAAUUCUUUUAGAUAAGCGUUUCAAAUUAUCACAAUCUGUAAAAAAAAAAAACAACAAUCUUUUCAAAUGAUUUAUAUAUAAAAGUCAACAUUACGGUCUGGGGAUUUUUGUAUAUAAAUCAUUUGAAAACUUUUUUUCGAAUGAAUCGUGAUCAUUUGAAAAGCUUAUCCAAAAUAAUUAAAUUGAGGCCUAUCUCCGCUCUCUCCAGCUGAGUGAUAUAACAUCAGAAGUACAUUACUCCUUUCACAAAAUGUAGAAGCCAUUUAGCGCAUAAUAACUUUCAGAUCGUAAGGAAAUGAAAGUUAAAUGCCCAAGUUUUAAAGGGGAAUUGCCACGUCUCUAGAAUUCGCACAAUGAAUACAAUAGUUAAAAUCCCCUAUAGAUUGUGUUUACCUAUUUUCAUGAGAUGCUCUGCUUUAUUAUAAAUUUAUAUUAACGGCUUAGUAAAUUACAUCUAAAUCCAGUUCAGACAAGGCAAAGCCAGAACAUACAUUGCACAUAAGGAUGAGUAAUAAAAAUAUUUUUAAAUUUCUUCUGUGUAUAUGUUUAUUCUGUCUGUUAGGUACAAAGGACCGAGGUUAUAAUGACAAGAAGCUAAGAUGAAAUCAUACCUCCCAGAUGUCCCUAUUUUGGCCCAAAUCUGUCUAUCUCCCUUUUCUACACUAAUGCCCCUCUUUUCUAGGAGCUCCAUAACCGUUGAUGUGUCUGAGUGUAUAACAAAGCUCCAAAGCAAUCAUACGCACAAUAAUGUGUCUUUCAAUAACU